UUCAGCUGCAAAGAUGUGGAAUUCUUGGAUUCUCGUGGCUGGUUUAGCUCUGCUGUGCACAAGCUCAGCAAUGCAGGUUGAUUAUGAUGCCAAUGCCAUGAUCAUCGAUGGGGAACGAAAGCUUAUCUUUUCUGGUGCAAUCCACUACCCUCGUAGUACCCCAGAGAUGUGGCCAGACCUGAUAAAGAAAGCCAAGGAUGGAGGCCUGAAUGCUAUCGAGACAUAUAUCUUCUGGAACGCUCAUGAGCCUCGCCCCCGUCAAUAUAAUUUCAGUGGAAAUCUGGACUUCAUAAAGUUUUUCAAGCUAGUUCAUGAGGCUGGACUCUAUGGAAUUUUGAGAAUAGGCCCUUACGUCUGUGCUGAAUGGAACUAUGGGGGCUUCCCUGUGUGGCUACACAAUAUUGAUGGAAUCGAAUUAAGGACAAAUAAUGAAAUAUACAAGAAAGAAAUGCAAAUUUUCACAACCAAGAUUGUAGAAAUGUGCAAGGAAGCAAAUCUGUUUGCCCCGCAAGGAGGACCCAUCAUUUUGUCACAGAUUGAGAACGAGUAUGGGAAUAUUAUGGAUAAAUAUAAGGAAAAAGGGAAAGAAUACGUCAAAUGGUGUGCGGAAAUGGCAGUAGCCCAGAAUGUUGGAGUACCAUGGAUUAUGUGCCAGCAGGGUGAUGCUCCACAGCCCAUGAUCAACACAUGCAAUGGGUUUUACUGUGAUCAGUUCAAGCCAAACAAUCAAAAGAGCCCCAAAAUGUUUACUGAAAACUGGACUGGAUGGUUCAAGAAAUGGGGCCAAAAAGACCCUUACAGAACUGCAGAAGAUUUAGCAUAUUCAGUUGCUCGCUUUUUCCAACUUGGUGGAGUGUUGAUAAAUUAUUAUAUGUACCAUGGGGGAACAAACUUCGGACGCACAUCUGGUGGACCAUACAUCACAACAUCAUACGAUUACAAUGCUCCACUUGAUGAAUAUGGUAAUUUGAACCAGCCGAAAUGGGGGCAUCUCAAACAACUCCAUGAAGCUCUUAGAGUUGGGGAGAAGUUUCUCACUAAUGGCACAUCAGAAACAAAGGAUUCUGGUGAUGGGAUUCAGCUGACCACAUUUACAGACGGUCAAACUGGGGAGAGAUUCUGUUUCUUGAGCAAUACUAACAAUAACAAAGAUGUAAACGUUGACUUGAAAGAUGAUGGCAUGCACUUUGUACCGGCUUGGUCUGUUAGUAUUCUUGGUGCCUGCAAGAAGGAGAUUUACAACUCUGCAAAGGUUAACACUCAGACCUCCGUUAUGGUAAAGAAACAGAUCGGUGAUGAAGAUAAAUCUGCUCAAUUCAACUGGACGUGGACUCUCGAACCCAUGAGAGACACCCUCGAAGGAAAAGGCACAUUUAGUGCUAAUACUCUUCUUGAACAAAAAAGAGCAUCUGAUGAUCUUAGCGACUACUUGUGGUAUAUGACUAGUGUUGACAUCAACGGAACAUCCUUUAAUGAGGGGACUAUUUUUGCAAACUCAUCUGGCCAAGUCGUUCAUGCUUAUGUGAACGGGAGGCUGAUCGGCACUAAAUCAGGGUACUCAUUUCAGUUCAGAAACCCAGUUUCGCUGGUACCUGGGAGAAACAAUAUAACUUUGCUCAGUGUCACAGUUGGGCUGCAGAACUAUGGAGAUCAUUUUGAUUUGGGACCAGAGGGAGUAACAGGACCAGUUGGAUUGAUUGACGUAGGGAAUAAAACCAUAGAUUUGUCAUCAAAUGCCUGGAAUUAUAAGGUUGGAUUGAAUGGUGAAGCCAAAAAACUUUAUGAUCCAAACUCACCUAAUCUUCAACUGUGGAGGACAUCAGAAGAACUUCCCAUUGGCAGGCCUAUGACUUGGUACAAGACCGCAUUCAAAGCUCCGUCAGGAACAGACCCUGUGGUGUUGGAUUUAAUGGGAAUGGGCAAGGGGCACGCCUGGAUAAAUGGAAACAGCAUCGGCCGCUUCUGGCCUUCACAAAUUGCUGAUAACAAUGGCUGCACUGAUGAAUGCGAUUAUCGUGGGGCUUACAAAGAGCAAAAAUGUUUGUCAAACUGUGGCAAUCCUUCUCAAAGAUGGUACCAUGUUCCGAGAUCAUUCAUUACUUCCGGCACCAACUUUUUGGUUUUGUUUGAGGAAAUUGGUGGAGAUCCUUCAGAAGUGUCUUUCCAGACCGUAACGACGGGUUCAAUCUGUGCAAAUGCAAACGAAGGCAGCUUAUUGGAACUAUCAUGCCAUGGAGGCAAUGUCAUCUCGAAGAUAGAAUUCGCAAGCUAUGGUAACCCAAAGGGAAGAUGCGGCUCAUUGACAAAAGGUUCCUGUGAGGCAGAAGGAAGCCUGUCUGCUUUGGAAAAGAUUUGUGUUGGGAAGGAGAGUUGCACAGUUGAUGUCUCGGAGAAAACAUUUGGAUCAGCAGACUGCGGCGAAGAUAAAAAGAGCCUAGCUGUCGAAGCUCUUUGCGAGAAUCAAAUGGUUUAUCUAAGAGAACUCAAGAAAAAGAAGAAUCAAUCAUGAGCAAGUGCUUCUUCUUGUAGCAGGCAGAAACUUGUUCUCUGUUCACAACAAUGAAUCCUUUUCUCUGUCACUCUCAUUGUUGAUCUUACUCAAGAUAAACUGCUUAAAGCAUGGUUGAUUUUUCCAAAGCUUUUAAUUGUUUCUUCCUUCAAUUGGUGUAACUAAUGUCCAUCAUGUUAACGUUCUGUAGUAUGAUCUCGUUUUUCCAUAAAGCAAAAAUCCAGAUGAUGAGACA